GAAUCAUUUAGGAGUGGUUUGUCCACAACUACAGAAUCAUUUACCUUCUGAGAAUUACACUGCAGUAUGUGGGAGGCUUUUCCGCUCACCUUGAGAAGCGCGCGCGUCAUUCUUUUUUUCAACAGCGCAACUGUUGUUGUGCUGGUAGCUAGUAGACUUUGCGGUCUGCUCCUUUUAAAGGUAAAGAAGACUCUUGCGAACUAGAUCACAACAGAAGUAGACUUUUUGGAAUCAUAUAGCCCUUUUUGCAGUCGGGCGAUUUUAUACGUUUGAUUCACAUGGUAUUUUCAAACAAGUAAUCGGCUUUUCAUCUUCAGGUAACGACUAGAAGCUUCAGCAGGUGACGAGCACCAAGCGGGUUUGC